AUGCCUCCCGACGCUCACCAGCGACGCCGUGCGAGGCAGGCCUGUACGCACUGCAAUGCCCGCCGGGUCAAGUGCAACGUCACCGAAAAGGUGCCGUGCGACAACUGCGUCGCCGCCGGCACCCAGUGCCAGCUGAGAGUGUCGCGUCGCGGCAAGCAUCCUCGCCACCGUCCCGGCCAGGACCACAAGCAGUCGCUGUCGCCGCAAUCGCAGUUCAAGUCGCCCUCUCUGCCAGAGUCCAACUCGUCGUCCCAGAUUCAACCGCCCGCGCCGUCGCCCGCGCUCACGCACCCGUCCCUGCCGCACCAGCUUCCGCAACAGCUCCCCGUCGGCCCGCCACACCCCGAUGGCCUCGCUCUCACCGGUACCAGCGCCUCCCCGCCCGACGACCCUCCCAGCCUCGUCUCCAAGAGCGAGCACACGUCUCCCAACGACGACGAGAUGUCGCAGGCUUCGCUGGCCCUCGCGUCGCUGUCCCGCGGCGUUCGACGUGACAGCAAGCCCGACAUCAGGCCCGACUACAAGCAAGAAUACGGCGCCUCCGUCUUCUUUGGCGAGUCGUCGUCGAUUCGAUACGUCGGCACCGACAACUUUGCGUCGUCCGUUGCCAAGCUCGACUCGGUGCCCCAUCAGACGGGCGCCAAGGACAAAGACCGCCCUGUCAACUCCAACCCCGUUCUAGACAGCCUCAAGAGCAAACCGGACGGUCCAUUCACUCUUCCCCCUCGACAUGUCACCACAGCUCUCCUCGCCGCGUAUUUUCAAUGGUUUCAUCCCUUUUGCCCCAUUGUCGACGAGCAGGAUAUCUGGCACCAGUUUGAAACCGGCUCGCUCUCCACGCUGCUGCUGCAGUCUCUGCUCCUCGUCGCCACGUCCCACUGCGACGAUAUUGUUCUCACCGACGCUCGCCUUGGCAACAGAAGUCAAGUGAAACUCACCUUCUAUAACCGCGCCGUAGAAUUAUACGACGCCAAUGUCGAGACCCAAAGCCUUGUCGUUAUCCAGAGCCUCAUCCUCUUGAGCUUCUGGCGAGGUCGUGUGGCAGAGGAAAAGGACACCAGACACUGGCUCGGCAUCGCCAUCAGCAUUGCGCAGCGCAGAGGUCUGCACCGCUCACGCAAACAAGGCAGCCUCGGGCCAGACGCCCGGGUACCCGACCGCCAAAAGAAGCUGGCCAGAAGGGUCUGGUGGUCUGUCUACAUGCACGAGAAGCAGACAGCUGCGACACUUGGUCUGCCGCAAAGAGUCCGAGACGAAGAUUGCGACGUCGAAAGCUUAGAGGCUAGCGACUUUGAGCAUGCAUUCUCGACAUCCAGGCCACAGGAAGAGAAACAAGACUCGAUCGACUACACACUCCGCAUAACGCAGCUCAGCAAAUUCCUCGGCAAAAUCGUCGACGUUGUCUAUUCGCCUCACCGGACUUCCACCGAAGCAGAGCGUACCGCGAUCCGGGACGAAUUAGUCCAGUGGAAGCAGACCCUGCCUCCUUCGCUGCGCAUCGACGAGGACACCGCCACGCAGCCGAGCCUCCACGCGAGCAUGAUCCACAUGGCCUACAACAACCUGCUCAUCCUCCUCUACCGAAACUGCUUCACCGACCUCACCUUUGACCAGGAGGGCCAGUACGCGCUGCAGGCCGGGGCGCGCAACGUGCGCAUCAUCGAGGACAUGCUCCCGCGCGGCAUCAUGCGCCACGCGCAGAUCCACGUCAUCACCAACCUGUCCAACACGCUCUGCCUCAACGUCAUGGACCUGCGCUCCGCCAAGGGCAUGGCGCGCACCAGCGCCGAGCACCGCUCCAAGAUCUGCCUCCUCGGCCUCGCCGAGCUGCAGAACACGUGGGAGUUUCGCAACUGGAUCCUGCAGCUCUUCAUCCGGCGCGUCGACGGGCCCGGCGGCGACCGCCAGCGCAAUGAGGAGACCGAGGCCAAGCAGAUUGCCAUCAAGAGCGAGACGCCGCUCCAGGCCUCGUACGGCGCGGCCAUGUCGAGGGAGAGUUCGGGCGGCGGUGGAGGUGGCUUGUUCGGCAACCUUGCGGAGCUCGAGGGCUUCACGUUCAACUUGAACAAUGAGAUGAUGGAGCCGAUGACGUGGCCGGUGGACGAGAUGGAGCGGUUCCUGUUUUCGCAAAUAUACAACUCGAAUCCAUUCUGGUAA